AUAAGCAGAUCCUAGUCCUAGGCCUGGAUGGAGCAGGAAAAACCAGCGUCCUCCACUCUCUAGCUGCCAACAGAGUGCAGCACAGCGUGGCGCCCACCCUGGGUUUCAAUGCAGUUUGCAUCAGCACAGAAGACAGCCAAAUGGAGUUCCUGGAGAUUGGGGGCAGCGAGCCUUUCCGUUCCCACUGGGAAAUGUACCUGUCCAAGGGAUUGCUGCUGAUCUUCGUGGUGGAUUCAGCAGAUCACAACCGAUUACCUGAAGCCAAGAAAUACCUUCAUCAACUCAUCGAAGCAAGCCCAGACCUCCCUCUGGUCGUGUUUGCACACAAACAGGAUCUAGAAGCAGCCUAUCACAUUACAGAUAUUCAUGACGCUUUGGCCUUAUCUGAGGUGGGAAAUGACAGGAAGCUGUUCUUGUUUGGAACUCAAGUGACCAAGAAUGGCUCAGAGAUACCCUCCACCUUGCAGGAUGCCAAAGACCUGAUUGCACACCUAGCCACAAGUAUGCAGUGAGCAGGACUAGGCCCAC